AUGGCGUAUUUAUCCUCUUCUUCUUCGAACUUCACGCGACUCGGAUACUUCUUGGUCUUGCAGACGUUGUCUAGCCUAGCCCCUAUCCUCCAUGAGGCCUUGGAGGGUGACCCUGACGAAGUUGCCCACAUGAAGGAGAAGGUCGAAAGCAACGAGCGAGAUCGUCUAGCUGACGGCCCAUCUUACGGCAAGGGUGCCGAGCUCCGGGCGAAGGGUGCUAAGCUGCAGGCAAAAGGUGCCGAGCUCGCGGCGAAGGAUUCCAAGCCGAGUAGGCUCAAGGCCUCCGUGGACGAACGGGUUGAACGAGCCCGAGAGGAAGGUCGUACUUCUUUUCUCUCCUCAAUUCCCAGGGUCUGUUUCGUUAAGCAAUAUUGGCUCGAGCUGAUGUCAUGCUUCAAGCACUCCAAUGAGCUCGACCUAAGAUCUACCCAACCCAGCCUGCAAGCGGAACGGGAGAAGAGAAUUUUCGUUCUCUGUUCUUAUGCUCUCCUCGCCUAA